GACUUUGGAAGGAAUAAUUGACAUCAGAAAAUGAAGUGAUUUCGCUCGCCCUAAGCCCUAGCCUCCGCCGUCGACCGAUUCCCGGCGAAGAAAUGGAGAACGAAGAUAACGAUUGCGGAAACACAGGCCUUCUCUUCCUCUUCGAUGGAGGAGGCGAAGGAGAUACAGAACGAAAUCGAGACGAUGAAGUGCAUGCAGACGACGAGGCUGCGGCAUUAGGUUGCGAGGCGAGCGGCGAGGAUGGCGAGCGUUGCUACCAUCUGAGCUCCGUCCAAUCUACGUUGGUCGUCCGCCAGCUCCGCUCACAGGGCCUCUCCUUCCAGCUCUGGCCCGCCGCCGCCUCUCUCGUGUCCCUCCUCGAUCGCCGCCCCUCCGCUCUCCUCCUCCCCCUCGCUAAUCCCUCCCCGAUCCGCAUCCUCGAGCUCGGAUCCGGCACUGGCCUCGUCGGCAUCGCCGCCGCUUCCAUCCUCGGCGCCUGCGUCACCCUCACCGACCUGCCCCACGUCCUCCCCAACCUACGCUUCAACGCCGACGCCAACUCCCACGCCGUGGCUGCCCGAGGCGGUGCCCUCGACGUGCGCCAGUUGCGGUGGGGGGAGGACGAGGACGCGGCGGAUUUUUUCCUCGACGGGAAGCCGGCUUUCGACGCCGUCCUGGCGUCGGACGUCGUCUACUACGAGCACCUGAUCGACCCGCUGCUGCGCACCCUGCGGGCGUUGGUGAAGGGCGAGAUUGCCUUCGUGAUGGCUCAUCUGAGGAGGUGGAAGAAGAGGGACGCCGUGUUCUUCCGCAAGGCCAGGAAGGUGUUCGACGUAUUGUUGCUGCACACCGACCCGCCGCUGCAUGGAAAACGAGUCGGCGUCGCCAUAUACCGCUUCAGUGAGAAGCCAACCAUCAAAGACAACAUUGCCAAAUGAGCUAACAUUUAGGAAGCAAAAUCACAAGGUCAGAUUGAAAAUUCUCUUCCGAGUAUUUUUUUUCCCUAGUAUGUUUGUUUGGAAUCGUGAAUUAGUUGGAAUAUGUUAGAAACAAGAGAAAGAAGGCAGAUUUGUGAGGAUCCAUGGUUUCUGAGGAAGAAAAAAAGGGUUUUUUGUUUUGAUUGUCGACUACCAAAUCCUUAGUUGCUAAUGGUUUUUUCUACCA